CGGUAGGACUUACGGUACUCAUUGCAAUUGCAGGUCGACCUGGCACGGAUUACCCAGUGCUGGGCAAGGUGCCUUACACGAAUUUCUACUGCGACGACCAGUCCUUCCCCGGCUUCUUCGCCGACGUAGAGACGAGAUGCCAGGCGUGGCAUUAUUGCGACAUAGACGGCCGACAAGCAACGUUUCUCUGUCCGAACGGCACGCAAUUCAGCCAGGCGGUCUUCGUCUGCGACUGGUGGUUCAACGUGAGGUGCGAGCUCAGCCCGAAGCUCUACGCCAUCAACAGUCGACUUUACGGUACGCCCACCGAGAGCCCGACCAGACCUCACCGACUGAUCACGAAGGAACUUCUGGAGAAUAUCUUCGUGCGUAGGAAAUGAAGGGGGCGGGCGGACGGCACGCGAUACUCAUCUCGAAACGAAGAGGAGGCGGGAGAGAGAAAGAGUGGAAACGCGAUCACUGUCGUCUCCGAAGGAAAGCACUUUCCUCGCGACACAGGAGUCGCGAGGAGCGUUGCGAGAUUGCCGGCUGCUUCGAAAAAUAUCUCGCGUCUCUCCGGAUACGUGCGGAAAAUUAUUAUUUCCCCCCUUUAAGGAACUCGUGACUCGGAUUUUCGUACCUUUCCCCGAACGCGGAAGCAAUCGCAGUCACUUAACUAUUCCAUCAGAAUCGAUCGAGAGCGGCUGGCCGUGGGAUUCAUGCCCGGGCCCUAUCACGACUGCGGAACUUUCAAAGGAAACGAGGAGACGGUCUCGAGAGCAUCCGACGAUAGCCGAUCGCGAGGAGAGCACGACGGCGCGAUUAUCCGUGACAAUCGUGGAUUCUGCGAAAGGUCGUCGCGAGAGCAUCGCGGGAGCCGCCGCCGCCGCCGCUACCGCUGCCGAGGACGACGACGAUGACGAUAGCGCUCGAGCCGCUGAAUCGCGCGAUGAGCGUUCUGGGGAGAUUACCGGCGGAUAAAUCUUUGCCCAAUGAAUAUCGAAGCGAUCUUCGCCUUCGGCGAAGAACGUCCCCUGCCAUUCCGGUGCGGGAGAGAACGAGGGGGAGGGUAGGUUCGUCGUGAUGAGCACCGCUGCGUCAAUAAAAGAAGGAACCGGAGGUGGAGCGCAGACUUCCGUCUGCGAUCGGCCUUCCCUUCUGACGGAAGGAACCGCCCGACGCGGAAAAGCGUCCUGCACCCUCGAUGCGAUUCUUAAUCGUUGAUGAGAUCCCAGCCCGAGACUACGAGAAAGAGAGAGAGGGAGAGCCGAAGCCGUCGUCUGCCUCCGUCUCCUCUUUCGCUCGACGCGGACACCUUUCUCUCCUUCUGUCGCGCGUCUCGUCGACGGACAAGAAACCUCACAAGUUGAUCGUUACGGUGGAAGUAGGCGGAAGUACGAGAGCCAGCGGUACGUGCCACCGACACAUCUGCGGGAAAAUCAACCAAGUGCCCCAUGAUCGAUCAUCAGACUCGGACGCGACUCCGUUGGACGCCCCGACCGCGCUAUGAUAUCUAUUUGGCGGAUGUCACGAUUUCCUUUAUAUUUUCGGACGACGACACUUUGUACUUGUUAAGUUGUAUUUGUCGGCCUAUAAACAGGCGGUAAUAUCAGUGGAGUCUCCACUCCGCUUUAAUCGUCAACCUGGCGGACUCCGUCGUCGGGAAGCGCGAGUCUUAAACACUGACGUAAUAGACGACGCCUACAUGAAUAGUCCAGUAUCGCCAAAAUAUUGUUAACGCAUGAAAAACGAUUGCAAACGCGUAAAAGACUAGCUGAGUACUGUUAGCUCGUUAAUGUUACUCUACAAGCCGUUGGACGAAACGGUGGUGUAAACUGUGACCGUGCGAGGAGAGAACGAUUGCGUUUCCACGUCUUUUCUUCUCCUCGCGCAUUAAAAACUGAUAUUACAAUUUAUAUUAUUGUUUCGGUCAACGGCUCGAACUUAAGAAUGCAAUAAAAUACUACUAAUACGUACAUAUUAAGAGGAGUAUAAGGAAACGAUCAUUCACUCCGAAUAAUUACGGAAGAGCGGUCGAGUUUUCGCGACGAUGCGCAUCGCUGCUCGCUUUGCGCCGAGCCGAAGGAAGAGAUCGAUGCGCGUGGACGGCAUUGACGAGCGCACAAGUCGAUGCUUCCCGAAAUCAAUAGCCGAUAAUACGAUUGUGCACGCCCGUCGAUCGCGAUGCCCGAGUAAAGUACACGCGAACACGCAUACAUGACAACGGCAGGCUUGCCGGCAAUUAGUAAUGGCGCGUCGCGCGAGAUGCGCGGCAUUUUGUUGCGUGGAAAAGAGCGCCGAUAAGCGACAAAUUCUCGGUAAACGAGCGCGACGCGUGCAAUCGAUCAGUCUCUGAAUCAAGAUACGCGGCCCGCGAUUUUCGCACCGAUUGGAACAAACGGUAGACACCAUAGACAUAGAAAUACUAGACCGAGCGUGUUCUCUUUUAAGCAAUGAAGGUUGGGUAGAAAAGGAUGGAAAGCGUCAACCUGUUAGAGAGAGAGCAGGGGACGACCCACUUUCUAUCCUUUUCUACCUGAGCCUCAGGUCUGGCGUCUCAUGCUCGGUCUAGUAUUACUAUGUCUAUGGUAGAUACGACACCAGGGGCUCGAUUCUUGAAUUCGUCCGAAGAAGAAACGUAUGCGAAUGUUCCGCUCUUACAGAACAGUCGCAAGCUGAUUGGCUGAUCGCACACCUUUUACCCAAUCGACUCUCGACUAUUCUGUCGGAGCGGAAUUUUCGCAAUACGCUUCGCCAUCGAACGAAUCCAAGAGUCGAGCCCCUGUAAACCACGGUGUAAGGAUACAAGGUGGAACGUUGCGCACGUAGCCAAUUUUUGGGGCAAAUUGUUCAUUGCUCCUUCCUGCAUUCAACCGCGAUGAUGAGCAGUUUGAAGGUUGGGGCAAGUUUCUGAUUGGUCAAUUCGGUAGUUCGGACCACUUCUGAUGGGUCGACACUGCGCAUCCACCAGAUCGCUUCACCUUGUAUCUUUACACCAUGCUGUAAACCUCCGAGGCUCCCCCCUCGUCUCGAGCGCGCUCGAGCUCGUAGUGUUAAUUAGCUAUUUGUCAAAACUGUGAGUGAAGCGCACGUUUGCAAUCUUGCGUACCUAUAACGCCGUUCGUAACGCUUGUAAGCGAUUUCUGCGAAGGAAUGAACAUGUGCCUUUACCCUAACGCGCCUUGUACAUAGUAGAAAUAAAAGCGUAGACGUGCUAAGCCAUUACACGCUGACCGUUGUGUUAAUAUAGAAUAGAUAAGCGAGCGUUGGAUCGAGAGACGCGGAACAACAGUAAAUCCGGCGACGCCGAGAUAAAAAUUCUAACGAGAGCGGUAAUUGGAAAUGAAGACGCGCGAUUAAGGCAAGUGUCCCGCCGAGCUUACGGAUAGUUAGCCUCCUUCGAUCCUUUGGCGGUAUCCGGCGGGGAAUGUAAUCUUCGCAAAUUGGAUGCUGUACAAGAAUGCCAUUACUGAAAUUUUUAUUUAAUAUAAGGGAAGGAGAGAGAGAGAGAGAGAGAGAGAGGGCUUUUACGGGAGGAAGUUACGGUAAAUUAGUUGGAAAACUUUUCGGUACGGCACGGUGUAUCUUUAAUGAGGGACGCCGACCUUUGCUGGCCAAUUUGCUAAUGAAGAACGGUUAACGGAGACAAUCUUCAGUGAAACUAAAGAUUACUUUUUAAACGAGUGACGGGAUUUAAGCUGAAGAGAGUCACACUUGAUUCGAUUAUACGCCACAGGGAAGAGAAUCUCGAGUAAUUCCUUCCGUUUGCGGUUUAUACAUAGCGCGAUUAAGCAUUCAUUCGUUAAUUGACAGCGGCGUUUUUAAUCGCCUUUUAUCGCAAUCGCGCAUCGAGCGUUCCGACUCGCGUUUAACUCAAUUUAAGCAUCGCGUCAAUCAAUCGGUGCCGCGAAAAUAAGGAGAAAAUUUGCGAAAAUUAACCUCGUACAACAUUCAGUCUCGAUCCAUCCCACGGCCUUUCCAGGCUUGAGUUCGUGUGCUAUUGACAUGUAUUUUAAGAGCGAAUAAAGAAUUGAUACAUUUUAACACUUGUCUACUGAAUCACCUUAUUA